CUCAAAAUUAGUUCUUCUCUCGAUCCAAUCAUUGUCCUUAAGAAAUUCUCAUUUCUUCGUGGGGAUUUUUCGAUUCCCCAUUUUUCAAUCUUCCAUUCCCUUUCAGUUUCUUCCAUACCCUUUUUUUACCAUUACAAAACAACGAACCUCUGCAACGGAGGUACCCACUUGCAGCAAUUCGCCAUUUCUCCCAUUUUCCCCCUUUCAUUCUACCUCUGUUUCGCUCGCUUCGAGACGAUAUUGCAAAACGGUGCGCGGAGUUUCUCAUCGUUUAGUUUCUGUGGAGGAUUUUUGUGAAAUGGUUUUCCUCUUCGAUCCGGUUGUGCCGUGAUUCGCCUCUUUCAAGUCGCAGGCAUAGAGACUUGAAGCCUCAGUGCAUUUUCAUAGAGGCGUAAGCCUCUUAUGGUACGAAACGAUGCAAGUCUCAAGGCCAAGAGUUAGAGCCUUGCGUGAAGGCGAGUCUCAAGGACAAAUGGGAACAGCCUCUGUACAAUGUCUAAUUAACAGUACUUCCAGAUUCAUUCAUCUGGUUUCAUGCCAUACUACAAAGUCUUUGCCUCUUCCUAAAAACUGCAAGAAUCUUGCUGUUGUCUUGAAACAUCUUAAACUCGUGCUUGAUGAUGUCGUUAGUCUCAAACUAUCCUCAGAUGAGUUACUUUAUAGAGAAUGUGAGUCUUUGGAUAUCGCUGUUAAUGAUGCUCGGGAGUUCAUUGAAAACUGGUGUCCAAAGAUGAGCAAAAUUUGCAGCGCUUUGAAAUGUGAUCCGCUGCUUAUAAAGAUUCAAAGCUCUUUACAAGAGAUUUGUGAGAUUGUAUGGAAGUUGUCGGAAUCAGUAUCAUGUAGCUCAAGUGUAAAUGCUAUUCAGAAAUGUCUUGAAGGUCUUCAAUCAUUGAAGCAGGAAAGGAUAUCUGAAUCUAUAGAAGAGGCUUUAAUUAGUCAAAGGAGUGGCAUUGGUCCGAACUCCGAAGAUCUUCUAAAAAUUAUCGAAGUUCUUCAUUUGAUGUCGAAUCAAGAACUUCUGAAGGAGACUAUAGCAGUCGAAAAGGAGAGAAUCGAUGCUGAACGAAACAAUGUGAAAGAGGAACUAUAUCGGAUCAAUGAAAUUAUGGGUCUAAUUAUCCGUAUACGAGAUUGGAUGAUUAGAAAGGACUAUUUUCAUGGGAUAAAUGGAGUAUCAGUUCCUUCAUACUUCCGCUGUCCAUUGUCGUUGGAACUGAUGCUUGAUCCAGUAAUUGUGGCGUCUGGCCAAACCUAUGACAGGUCCUCCAUUCAAAAGUGGAUAGAUAGUGGGCUGAACAUCUGCCCCAACACUCAUCAGACGCUCACGCAUACAAAUCUUAUUCCCAAUUACACUGUUAAAGCCAUGAUUUUGAGUUGGUGCGAUGAAAACAAACUGAAUAUUUCCAGUUUAUCAUCGUUGGUUCAAUUGUCUCAGCAGGAUUCAAAUCGAAGUGAUAGCUCUCGAUCAUCUCCUGAAGUUGAAAAGGGUUCUAACAAUCGAAAUGGGGACGUUUUUACUACUUUAAUUGGGGGAAAAUCUAAUGAAGGCCAGAGAAAUGAAACCGAAAAGUUUGACCACCCUUCCCCUCAGCAGUCAUAUAUCUACAGCAGGAGUGUAUCAGCCUCCAGUGCCUUAUCUAGCAUUGAUUAUGUUCCAUCGGCACUUAAUGAGGUGUUGAAGAUAUCAACUAAACACGAAAUCACAUCAGAACAUCCUGCUGCAUCUCAUAAUGAAGCAUCGGGGUUGAAUUCCUCAUUAGAAGGUGGACAAUUACAGGCUUGUAAAACAGAAACAGGCAUGGUGGAGAAUGGUAACUGUAAUAGUACAACAGGUAACUUAGUUCCAGUCGAACCUGAAUCCGAUAACUCUUUGGGAGAUUUGCAUAUCAAGAAAGUAGUUGCAGACCUUAAGAGCCAAAGGGAUGAAGUUCAAAUGAAAGCUGCAGAAGAAUUAAGGCUUCUUGCCAAGGAUAACGUAGAGAACCGUGUUAUAAUAGGCCAAUGUGGGGCUAUAGGCCCGUUACUUUCACUGUUAUAUUCAGAUGGAAAGCAGAUACAAGAGCAUGCAGUGACAGCUCUCUUAAACCUGUCAAUUAAUGAAAAUAAUAAAGUCAUGAUUGCACAAGGAGGAGCCAUAGAACCACUUAUUCAUGUUUUGAAGACAGGAACAUCUACUGCUAAAGAAAAUUCUGCAGCAACUUUAUUCAGUCUCUCUGUAUUGGAAGAAUACAAGGCCAAAAUCGGUCGGUCUGGUGCAGUUAAAGCCUUGGUCAAUCUCUUAGGUGAGGGUACACUGAGGGGUAAGAAAGAUGCAGCCACCGCUUUGUUCAACUUGUCAAUUUUUCAUGAAAAUAAGGUUCGUAUAGUUCAAGCAGGAGCAGUUAAGUACCUUGUUGGGCUACUAGCCACUACUACGGGAAUGGUCGAUAAGGCUGCAGCACUUCUUGCUAAUUUGUCGACAAUUUCAGAGGGUCGAUUGGCAAUUGCUCGGGAAGGGGGUAUACCCUUGUUGGUAGAAAUUGUUGAAUGUGGAUCUAUGAGAGGAAAGGAAAAUGCUGCAUCUAUUCUGUUGCAACUAUGCCUUCAUAGUCCCAAGUUUUGUACCCUGGUUCUCCAAGAAGGAGCCGUUCCACCUCUAGUCGCCCUAUCUCAGUCUGGCACACCUAGAGCAAAAGAAAAGGCACAACAGCUACUCAGCCAUUUUCGGAAUCAAAGAGAUGGAAGCACAGGGAAAGCAAAAUCAUAGGAAGAGAACUUUCUCAAUUUCAUCAACUAUUGAAGGGUAUGAUCUUCAUCAGGUACUUCACUAUUGUGUAAAAGAGAAAUAAAUUCUUUAGUUAUGAAUUAUAUCUUUGGCAGCUGUGUGCAUCUGGGUUUUGUUUUCUCUCCCUAAAAUUCCAAUUGACGAAUGGUUUGUAAAUGUAGAAUCUAAGCUGCUUCUCCAAGUCUUUCUUUGUUUUAAUUCUUUUUGGUGGAAUCUAGACAUGUAGGGUUCUAGAUUCUGUUUUGCUUUGAGCUUGGCCAGAACAUAGCCUGGACAGUUCCACUGCAGUGGUUUUAGUGGUUCUGUUGUGAGUAUUGUACAUAUAAUGUAGAUAUAUUGUGGACUCUCCCACUUAAAUUUGCAAUAGCACUAUUAAUUCAUAUGAA